AUGUCCAAGGAUAUAUGCAGAUUGUUUUGGUUGGCGGCCCUUUUGGUAAUUAAACUGAGCAGUGGCCUGCCGGUGUUAACCUACGACGAUGAUUAUGAGAGUAAUGAAGAUGACUACGAUGUGAUAUUUGACCAACGCCAAAAUGGAACCGAAAACAUGCGCUUUUCUGUGGACGGUGUUGUUAUUGCUGUUCCCUCCCCGCCAAGUCAUUCGGAUAUUAGUACCUUAGCUGGAGCGGCAUUUGUGGAAAUUCUCAAUGCUCAGCUGGCUGCCAUGGAACACGAUAGCUCGGAUGAAGAAACUAGUAGCCCAAGUACUACUACGACGUCCACUACCACAACGACUACAACCACUGCAUUGCCAAUCUAUCAUGAUCAGCUGAUUCCUGCGAAUUUCCUAGGCCAAAGCUUGUCAUUUUUGUUCAAUAAAGGUGCCGAGAUUCCAAUUAAAAUUGCAUCGGAAUUGAAACCACUAAGAUCAGGUAAACCAACUCUCAUGCUGAUCAAGAAAAGGGAGGAUGAUGAUGAUGAAGAAUAUAAUGAUCCAGAAAUCGUUGAGCCUGUUUCCAAUGUGCCGAAGAAAGCUUUGAAACAUAAGCGAAGGUACAAGUUGAAGAUGGCUAAUCUGUUAAAACCUCUAUUGCAAAGGACUAAUGUAGCUUAA